AUGUUUCGAUCGCCAUUUCUGUUUGUUCUAGCACUUUGUGUGUUAGGGCUGUUGAGCUCCUCACUGGUCCAAUGCGCGCCUACAGCAGUUCCUCAUGUCACCACCGAUGACUCUCUUGAUGAACAGUCAUCUCCGAUCAUUUGGAGUGACGAGGAUGACGACGUUUCAGAGUGGACUGACUUGUCUACGAGAGACAAUCAACUCGAGGCGAGGGGAUGGUUGAGUUCCUUGACAAAGAUCACUAAAACUGCCAAGAAUGUUGCAAGCACCGUCAAAGGCACUGUCACUCAGGUUAAGGACGCUGUUGAAGCAUCCAAAGAUCUUCUUGCGGAUUUCUCCAGUCUUGCGACAGACGCCAAAUCAGCGACAACAGAAGUCAAGGAGAAAGCACAGGAAGCCAUCACCAACAUCGCCCAGCUCCCAACAGAUAUCCUCACGAGUCUAAAGGACGAAUCGAAGACUCAACUUGAAAACACACUUGGAGAGUUGACCACAAAGGUUUCAAGCAAGCUUCCAACCAUCGCCGGACUGGAUGAGGCAGUAUCAGUGGCUCUUGUUCACUUGUCUUCAGAAGCUCUGAAUAAACUGGAGAAUGUAGCAGACACAAAAAUCGCCAAGCUAAACGCAACUACUGCUCAUGCUGCAGAGAGCAUAAACGGCCUGUUCGAAGCUCCGGCUAAUGAGAUUAAUUCAUUCCUCACCGAUGUGGAUGAGAAAUAUCUCCAAAACUUGACCAGUCUGGCCGAUGAAUAUCUCACAAAGGCCGGGGAUUUCUGCGAUACACUUGGAGAAUACAUCGACAAUGUCGAAAAUUCCGUCGAUGCGGUUUCAUCCUGGACCACUAUCAACAAUGCAGCAGAAGAAAUCAGCACUCUCGUCAUUUCCUUUACCGAUGCACAGACUCAAGUGGCUGCAGUUGAAGAGUCGAGUGGACUUUCGGAUGAAAACAGGAUCACAGCUAAUAUCUUCGUGGAGUUAAGUGAAGAUAGGCUCAACUCGUUGGAGUUCUAUUUGAACUUUUCAGGGAAUCUAGGAAAGAGAGACACUGAAACUACCACCACCAAGGACGUGGUGAAACGUAUAUUGGAUCAGCAAGAUCAGGGCAUUGAAGAAUGUUAG